CGGGAGUCGGCGGAGGGGCGGGCACGCCGCGCGGUGUGGGCUUCGGCGCGGCCUCCUUCCCAGGUGUCCGGGAGGCCCCCAAAAUGGCGGGCGGCGACUCGGAGGAGCUAGCGCGCAGGCGCACAGCAGCCGUCCUUCCGCCCGCCUCGGGCGGCCCUCGAAUCGGGCACGGCGCCCUCGCCCAGAGGCCCCGUCCCGUCAGCGAGGCAGUGAGCAGCGCGGCCAGCAGAGGGCGGUCCGGACCCAAGGCUGCAGCGGCGCCAUUGGCGUGUGGAAAAUGCCACCAGAUGGCGGGUUAGGAUUGCAGCUCCGUUGAAGGCGCGGCCCCCGCUCCCGAACCCCCGGCGACCACCCCGUAACAACCCCCCCACAUCAGGAAUAACACACCGGAGACUUUUGGGGGGAAACUAGGUCGACGGCCGGCGGCGCCCGGAUGGGCAGCUGAGGAUUGCCUUGAGGUUGUUUCAGUAGUUUUCCGUUGUAUAGCACUUAAGAAUUUUCCUGCAUUGUGGAACAACCUCUCCAGCAAUGAUUACCUCAGAGUUGCCAGUGUUACAGGAUUCGACUAAUGAAACUACUGCUCAUUCUGAUGCUGGUAGCGAACUUGAAGAAACGGAGAUCAAAGGAAAAAGGAAAAGGGGUCGUCCUGGCCGGCCUCCAUCUACAAAUAAGAAACCUCGAAAGUCUCCAGGAGAGAAGGGCAGAAUUGAAGCUGGAGCUCGAGGGCCGGGCCGGGGAAGAGCUAAUGGGCAUGCCCAGCAGAACGGCGAAGGGGAGCCUGUCACACUGUUUGAGGUGGUCAAACUGGGGAAAAGUGCGAUGCAGUCCGUGGUGGAUGACUGGAUUGAAUCAUAUAAACAAGACAGGGACAUCGCACUUCUGGAUUUAAUCAACUUUUUUAUCCAGUGUUCAGGAUGUCGAGGUACUGUGAGAAUAGAGAUGUUUCGAAAUAUGCAGAAUGCAGAAAUCAUCAGAAAAAUGACUGAAGAAUUUGAUGAGGACAGUGGUGAUUACCCUCUUACCAUGCCUGGACCUCAGUGGAAAAAAUUUCGUUCCAAUUUUUGUGAGUUUAUUGGAGUCCUGAUUCGACAGUGUCAGUACAGCAUAAUUUACGAUGAGUAUAUGAUGGACACAGUGAUCUCCCUCUUGACUGGUUUGUCAGACUCCCAGGUCAGAGCCUUUAGGCACACAAGCACACUUGCUGCCAUGAAACUCAUGACUGCCCUGGUGAAUGUCGCCUUAAACCUCAGUAUUCAUCAGGACAACACACAGAGGCAGUAUGAAGCCGAGAGGAAUAAGAUGAUUGGGAAAAGAGCCAAUGAACGACUGGAGCUACUGCUACAGAAACGAAAAGAGCUACAAGAAAAUCAGGAUGAAAUUGAAAAUAUGAUGAACUCUAUUUUUAAGGGUAUAUUUGUUCAUAGAUACCGUGACGCUAUUGCUGAAAUUAGAGCCAUUUGUAUUGAAGAAAUAGGAGUGUGGAUGAAGAUGUACAGUGAUGCCUUCCUGAAUGACAGUUAUCUGAAAUAUGUUGGCUGGACUCUUCAUGACAGGCAAGGGGAAGUCAGGCUGAAGUGCUUGAAAGCUCUCCAGACUCUGUAUACCAACAGAGAGUUAUUCCCCAAGUUGGAGCUGUUCACCAACCGAUUCAAGGAUCGCAUCGUAUCAAUGACACUUGAUAAAGAAUAUGAUGUUGCUGUGGAAGCUAUUCGGUUGGUUACUCUGAUCCUUCAUGGCAGUGAAGAAGCCCUUUCUAACGAGGACUGUGAAAAUGUCUACCACUUGGUGUACUCAGCACAUCGCCCUGUCGCAGUGGCAGCUGGAGAGUUCCUUCACAAAAAAUUGUUUAGCAGACAUGAUCCACAAGCUGAAGAAGCAUUAGCGAAAAGGAGGGGAAGGAACAGUCCAAACGGGAACCUCAUCAGGAUGCUCGUUCUGUUCUUUCUUGAAAGUGAGUUACAUGAGCAUGCGGCCUACUUGGUGGACAGCUUGUGGGAGAGCUCUCAAGAACUGCUCAAAGACUGGGAGUGUAUGACGGAGUUGCUGUUAGAAGAACCCGUGCAAGGAGAGGAAGCAAUGUCUGAUCGCCAAGAGAGUGCUCUUAUAGAGCUAAUGGUUUGUACAAUUCGUCAAGCUGCUGAGGCACAUCCUCCAGUGGGAAGGGGUACCGGCAAGAGAGUGCUAACUGCCAAGGAAAGGAAAACUCAAAUUGAUGAUAGAAACAAAUUGACUGAACAUUUUAUCAUCACGCUACCCAUGCUUCUGUCGAAGUAUUCUGCAGAUGCAGAGAAGGUGGCAAACUUACUACAAAUCCCACAGUAUUUUGAUCUGGAGAUCUAUAGCACAGGCAGAAUGGAAAAGCAUCUGGAUGCUUUAUUAAAACAGAUUAAAUUUGUUGUGGAGAAACACGUAGAAUCAGAUGUUCUAGAAGCCUGCAGUAAAACGUAUAGCAUCUUGUGCAGUGAGGAGUACACCAUCCAGAACAGAGUUGACAUCGCUCGGAGCCAGCUGAUUGACGAGUUUGUGGAUCGAUUCAAUCAUUCUGUGGAAGACCUGUUGCAGGAGGGAGAAGAAGCUGAUGAUGAUGAUAUUUACAAUGUGCUUUCCACUUUAAAGCGGUUAACUUCUUUUCACAAUGCUCAUGACCUCACAAAAUGGGAUCUGUUUGGUAAUUGCUACAGAUUAUUGAGGACUGGAAUUGAGCAUGGAGCUAUGCCAGAGCAGAUAGUCGUACAGGCACUGCAGUGUUCCCAUUACUCCAUUCUUUGGCAGUUGGUAAAAAUUACUGACGGCUCUCCUUCCAAAGAGGAUUUGUUGGUGUUGAGGAAAACGGUCAAAUCCUUUCUGGCUGUGUGCCAGCAGUGCCUGUCGAACGUUAACACGCCAGUGAAGGAGCAGGCUUUCAUGCUGCUCUGUGAUCUGUUGAUGAUUUUUAGCCACCAGUUAAUGACAGGUGGCAGAGAGGGCCUCCAGCCGUUGGUGUUCAAUCCGGACACUGGGCUGCAGUCCGAGCUGCUCAGCUUCGUGAUGGACCACGUGUUCAUCGACCAGGACGAAGAGAACCAGAGCAUGGAGGGUGAUGAAGAAGAUGAGGCGAAUAAGAUUGAGGCCUUACACAAAAGGAGGAAUCUCCUGGCUGCCUUCAGCAAGCUCAUCAUUUACGACAUCGUGGACAUGCACGCGGCCGCGGACAUCUUCAAGCACUACAUGAAGUAUUACAAUGAUUAUGGUGAUAUCAUUAAGGAAACACUGAGUAAAACCAGACAGAUUGACAAAAUUCAGUGUGCCAAAACCCUUAUUCUCAGUUUGCAGCAGUUGUUUAAUGAACUUGUCCAAGAGCAAGGCCCCAACCUUGACAGGACAUCUGCCCACGUCAGUGGCAUUAAGGAGUUGGCCCGUCGGUUUGCUCUGACGUUUGGACUUGACCAGAUCAAGACAAGAGAAGCAGUUGCGACACUUCACAAGGAUGGCAUCGAAUUUGCCUUUAAAUACCAGAAUCAGAAAGGACAAGAAUACCCACCUCCUAAUCUGGCUUUUCUCGAAGUACUAAGUGAAUUUUCUUCGAAACUUCUUCGGCAAGACAAAAAGACUGUUCACUCGUACCUAGAGAAAUUCCUGACUGAGCAGAUGAUGGAGAGGAGAGAAGAUGUUUGGCUUCCACUCAUCUCCUACAGAAAUUCCCUGGUCACUGGCGGUGAGGACGACAGAAUGUCGGUCAACAGCGGAAGCAGCAGCAGCAAAACCUCCUCAGUAAGGACCAAAAAAGGACGACCCCCACUUCACAAGAAGCGAGUGGAAGAUGAGACUCUGGACAACACGUGGCUGAACAGGACUGACACCAUGAUGCAGACGCCUGGGCCCCUGCCAGCACCGCAGCUCACGUCCACCGUGCUGCGGGAGGACAGGCCCGUGGCAGAGCAGAUCCAGGAGCCCGAGUCGGAGCACGGCGCGGAGCCCGACUUCUUACACAAUCCUCAGAUGCAGAUCUCUUGGUUAGGCCAGCCGAAAUUAGAAGACUUAAAUCGGAAGGACAGAACAGGAAUGAACUACAUGAAAGUGAGAACUGGAGUCAGGCACGCUGUCCGAGGCCUCAUGGAGGAAGAUGCGGAGCCCAUCUUUGAAGAUGUGAUGAUGUCAUCCCGGAGCCAGUUAGAAGAUAUGAAUGAAGAAUUUGAAGACACCAUGGUCAUUGAUCUGCCCCCAUCAAGAAACCGGCGAGAGCGGGCGGAGCUGAGGCCAGACUUCUUUGACUCUGCAGCUAUCAUAGAAGACGAUUCAGGAUUUGGAAUGCCUAUGUUCUGAAGUCUGAAGAAAAUUUACCAAUCUGGAACUCUAUUAUUUAGAGCUAGAGGCCUAUAUACUGUGAUAGCUUGUAUGGGGGAAAAACACUUUUGGUGUGAUCUGAUUGUUUUCAUCAACUAAGGUCAGUCCCUCUGCAGUGACGGAAGAGCAUUCACGCCACCCACGAGCACGCUGGAGCGUGUCACCUCGGGAGGCUGACCUGAGAGCGUUGGGGUCGCAGCGCUAGACCCAGCCCAAUAGAGAUGUGUUUUUCUGGAGGGAGGAAGAAAUUUUAAAUUUUUAAAACAGCUGUCAAGAUAAUUACACUGUUAUACACCUGUUUUAUGAAAACUCAGCAUUGAGUAAAAAAAAUAUUUUUAACUUUAUUUUCCUGUUGUACAAUUUAAAAACUGUUUUAACAUUUUGCCUUUUUAUGUUUUAAAAGCUAACCAUUUUUAUUAAACCUAUGAGUAAGCAGCUCAUCCUAACUGCUGAAGAGUGUGUUGGAGCUCACUGGCUUUGGUGACCUUGUGCGUCACAGGUGUGGAGGAGCACCGGCCAGCUGCGAGGAGAUGUGACCGAGUGCGUAUCUGCCAAAAACCACACCCCUCUGGAUAUGGAUCCCCAGGUUUUAUAUACUCUUGAAUAAAAAGGUUUAUUUUUAUUUAUAAGUGGGCAUAAGUGUCCAUGCAGCCAUUUUCCAACAGAUGCUGUACACUGUUCAUUUUAUAUAGAAUAGGGAGAUUCAGAUACAGUGCAUUUUCUAUUGGUAUUUGUUCUGUGCAUUUCUAGCAACUUCUACCAGCAAAUAAAGUAUUCUCAGUAAAACAAAAAUGGUUCUCCAGUUAUCAGUUUGCUGUUUUACCACCUGUUUCAUGCCCUGCCAAAUUCAAAUUAUACAGACUUGCGUUUUCUUACAAAGAUAAUCAUGAAUUCUUUAAGUGUAACAUAACUGUGUCUACUUCCCUUGCAUUUAAUGUUCUUAUCCACUACUUUUGUGAAUUAAGUUUAUCAGUUAUUUCUGUGCUACACAGAAGCCUGUCUUUAGAGGGUGCAGCUCCCAAGCUUACCUUAACAUACUGCGACAUUUCCGUGUUAAAUGUGAAGUCGUCUUUGGAGGAAACAGAUCUUUGCGACAGUCUCGGGUGGUGCAGCAUCGCGCUCCGCUCCGGCGUUCCCGACCUGCAGGAACUCCCCGGUUCCCUGCAGCCUGAGCAGUUUCUCCCGUUCUGCUGUUUUGGAGGAAGCCUCGGACUGCACAGCAGUCCAUCCACAGCUGUUUCUAGGCUGGUUUUUAAAAUAACUGCAAACAGAAUCCUGAGGCUUUCCUUUUCACUAAAAAUGAAAAACAUUUUUUAAAUUCUGGUGCACCAGUGAUUAUCUUUUGUGUAGAAAAAGCAAAUAGAUGAUUUUAUCAUCCUUUUAGUAAACAGGCACAAAACAGAUUUUACUCAAAAUUUGUACAAUUCUUUCUGAAAAAAAACUUGGUCGCUAAAAAUGUUUUAUCUGCUCUCAGUAAUUCCUAGGAUCCAGUUAGGGGAGUAGGAGGUCUCACUUUCUCCCAGUAAUGUGGGCUUCACUGUUGUGCGGGGUAGGGAACGUGGGACUGUCCGUCCCAGCCCUGUCUGCCUGUGGCUCUGGCUGAGAAGCAAGCCCUGAGGAGCCACGGCGCUGUAGCUCGGCCCUCUGACAGUGUGUGGAAAACCAGUGUUGACUUAGACUCACAGAACACCAAGCAACAACAGCAAAGGCUUACUAUUGACUCCAGUGGGUUUCCAGUUCAGUCUGAAGUCAGAUUUUGUAUUUUCAGUGUCUCCUUGAUUGGUUUUGCUAGUAAUUCUGUAAAUUGUACAUUUGCAAUAUGAGGUUUUUUUUUCCUUUUGUACAAUUUGAAACUGAUGCUUCAUGUUUCCUUUAAUAAACUAUUCAAAAUCA